AUGGAGAGAGAAAGUCGACAUUCGAAAGAAGAAGAAGAAGAGCUGGACCGCAAGAUCGCUCAAAUACGGGAAAAGAACCAGAAGAUAGAGGAAAGGCAGAAGGAGAUCGACGCUGACCGAGCGAGCCAUACCGAUGGGCUACAGCGUAAACCUUCUAAGCCUUCGCCUCCAAGCAGUGGCGCCACAAAAACCCCUAAAGGCGAAUGGGAUCGUGAAUGGGAUCAUGGUAAGACCCCAGCGGAUACAUGGCGUGAAAAUGUGCCGUCCAUAGAAGCUCGUAAAAAACCGUCCGGUCGUGGAGGUCAUCAAUGGGGGCCGAAUCAGCGUGGCCAUCGAGGUGGCAAAGACCCCGCGAACAAGGGCAGUCGUCUGGAAGGAAGAGUCACAGUGCAUCCGGAACAGAACGCCGGUAAUCGACGAGGUCGAGGACGAGGCGGUGCUCGCAAUCAAGCGCGCCAUGUCACUAAAACUGAUGGGGAGCUCAAGAUAAGCGUCAAAGUAGGAGAUAGACGCUACACGGAGAAAUACGAGAUUAAGCAGUUGCUACGGGCACUCGUGAACAAAGUGGAGAAAGCAGAAAGGAAGGAACGGCAG